CCCAAACAUGGCGGACCAAGCAUGUCUCUGCCUGCAUCACCUCACUAGACUUAAUUUUCGUUAGAAGCCUUUUUCCUUAACGUGGAUUCUAGCUGAAGCUGGUGGUAUGGCAAACCUUUACCUUGAAUUUGAUGAGGACGCUGGGAACAAAACUCAUAUUAUACCGAAAUGUUACGACGUAAAAGAUGUAAACGCAAAUUCCUCACAGAGGCAGUUGUUGAUAAAUUACAUGGCAAAAGAUGGAGGAAUUCCCGUCAAUUUUGGGUUGAAUAUCUUAGGAUGGAUGAUUGUUUUCAUCUUGUUCUGUGUCAUUCGCCGACUUGUGUGGGAUUAUGGAAGACUAGCUCUAAUACAGAAGGAAGACCAAGGAUGGACUGAAAUGUUCUAUGGAUCAAGGCAAACAUCUGAGGAGGGACGUGCAAGUCAAGAAGGUAGCAUGAAUGCUGCAGAAACUGUUGAAUUUCCAGCUGUCAAAAGCAAGGGUCUUUUCUCAUGGAUCCCUGUGUUCAUGAGAGUGACAGAUGAGCAUAUCCGUCUGAAGUGUGGUGUAGAUGCAUUUCAGUAUAUAAUAUUCCAGAAGCACCUUAUAGUUUACAGUGUGAUCAUAUUCUGUCUGUCCAUUGGUAUAGUCCUACCAGUCAAUUACACUGGAACCAAUGAGCCAAACAAGAAUUCUUUUGGUGCCACAACAGUGUCUAACCUAAUGGCUGACUCCAGCGUCUUCUGGCUUCAUACAGUUUUUGCAAUUAUUUACACUGUGUUAAUGGUGAUUGUGUUGCGGCAUUUUACCAACCUGUUUGUAUUUGAGAGCCACGAUGAUUCCAAGAAGACAAUCAUGAUGACCAAUGUACCUAAAAAUGUGACUGCUGACUUGAUCAUGCAACAUUUUCGGGAAAUCUAUGGUGAAUCACAAGUCCUUGAAGUUCAAGUUGCAUUUGACUUUGUAAAACUGAAGCAAGCGCAGAGAAAAGUUCUUGCCGCUCAGAUGGGUAGGGAACACUGCGAAGAACUUCUUCGCAAGACUGGGGAGAGACCGUUAACCACAGUCAGCACCAACAAGCUGUCUCCAUGUUGCCACUGCUGUGGCGCCAGUCACGUGGAUGGGAUUGAGUACUUUACUGAAGAAGAGGAAGAUGGGAAAGUCGAAGCUGAUCAACAGAGGCAAAAGCUGAAGAGUCUGGGAAUAGCUUUUGUGACAUUUGAAAAUGCAAAGAUCGUUCAGAGAUGUCUGAAAGACUUCAACACAAUCAGACAUGGAAGUCCAGAAUCGUCUGUGUCACGGAGGAUCUUUUCAGACCACUGGAAUGUGUCGCAGGCUCCAUUAGCUGGGGACAUUAUCUGGGAACACCUUUCCGUAGACAAUGAGAGUUGGUGGGUCAGGGCAGUUCUUAUCAAUACAUUGCUGUUUAUCUUUGUCCUAUUUAUCACCACGCCGGCUGUGGUACUGUCUACUUUGCAAGAGUUGGAGGCCAGUGUCGAGAAAAGCAAUCCAAAGCUCGCUGUCCCUCCGAGUCCAUUUCUCACUCAGUUCUUGCCCACUAUCUUGCUGUGGAGUUUUGCGGCGAUCCUUCCAGCGGCUGUGUCGUGGUCAAGUUAUUUUGAAGCCCAUUGGACAAGGUCAAAACUUGAGCAUUCUGUGAUGGUCAAGACUUAUAUCUUUUUAAUGUUGAUGUUAAUUAUUCUUCCGUCUCUGGCUCUCACCAGUGCGGAUGCUUUGUUUCAUUUGACGCUUGGAGGACGUUUGCCCGAAUUCCAAAGUAGACUAGCUUGCGUAUUCUUACCCAACAAUGGCGCGUUCUUUGUCAAUUAUCUUGUAACAUCAGCACUGAUUGGAACCGCGCUGGAACUGUGUCGCUUCCCCGAGCUAGUCUCUUAUGCAGGAAGUAUGGCUUGUGCACGAAACGAAGGAGAGAAAAGGCUUGUUCGCAAGGAAGCCGUGCGUGAGUUUGCUUAUGGACAACAGUACGCCUGGAUGUUAGUUAUCUUUACUCUAAUGGUUGUUUUCUGCCUCACCUGUCCUCUUGUCACGCCAUUUGGUUUACUUUACUUGGCCAUGAAGCAUUUAGUCGAUCGAUACAAUCUUUACUUCAACUAUCGCCCUCCGGCUUAUAACUACGUGGACAGCAAUGUACAUCACACUGCUGUGACGUUCGCCGUCAUUUCAACUUUCUUUCUGUUGCUAUCACUGUUAUUUUACUCCUCUAUCAGACUAGGUAUCAAUGAUCCCCAGACCGUUUUCACCUUGGUCGUGGUGUGUAUCACAGUUCUGCUUCUCUUAGCUCGAGUAUGCUUUGGAAUGUUCAAGAAAUUUGGACCUCACAAGGAAUACCUCUCGACAGAUGCGGAACUCAAUGGAGCUGAUGUUUAUAUUCCUGAAGCUUAUCUUCCGCCAGUCCUUCAAACAACGCGUGAAAUGAAGGCCACUGGUAGUGGAAGUGACAACGUUUCUCCUACCCAGCUCACCAGGCGGAAGACUUACGGUGCGACUCAGAAUGACCAUGUGAUCGAUACGUCACAACUGACACCCAGUUCGGAAACUGUUGUGACUUUCGAUGACGAGGACCGGCACUAAGUCUAAGGUUCUAACCGUUGGGAAACAUUUAGAUAUUUAUUUUGUUUACCUAUCUUUCUAUAUAAGGUAGAUCAUUUGUGAAUUUUCCUUUUUAGUAGAAUGGAUUCUUCUCCAGUUUGUUGGCUAAGAAUUACAACCACUGGAUUUUAAAUAUCACUGGAAACUUUCGCCGGCGUUGAAAUGAGCACUUUUUUGGUUGUAACCCGGAAAGUUUCAUUUUGCCUGGUGCUUUUGUUAGCCGUGAAAUUGUAAUGAUGAAUUUAAGAAAUUGGCUUGUUUGAAAUGCAUGCCGUACCUUAAUAAGCGCCUGGAAAUAUUGAUGCUUUCAGUCGUAAAUAAUUUGAGUUGUAUUUUUCUUAAUAUUUUACAAACAAUGUUAACCGUCAUCUUUUUUGUUUCAAUAAUCGUUUUCUUAAGAUCAAGUCUUUUGGUCUCAAUAUUGGAGAAGGUUCUGUGUAAAAGAGGCAUGUUAAUACUUUGUCUCUGAGAAGCAUACUAACAAGAUAUAAUUGAGUAUGAAAAGACUUUGUGGCGGAGAAGAAGUUACUACAGAUAGGGGACUGAGGAGCGAUGCUCGUCUCAGGUUUUGGGCGCAUUUUAGUAGUUUCUUGUAAAUUCCUAAAGAACGGUAGCGUUGUUCAAAUGCGCCGCAUAAUUUAACUUUGAGUUAAACUUAUUUAUGUAAAGUAGGUUAGCAGUAUCUACAGAAAUGAUAUUUUUUUAACUUUCUUUAGAGGAAGUUUUAAAUGUGUAGCGUGAUGUUCGUUAUUCUCCGGAGAUCUUCGGAACCUCUAGUAUUGUAAACUUGGAAAUUGGGUGUCUAAUUCAAUGGGUUGUUUAAAUUAGUAUUGUUAUUAUACUUAUUGACAUUUUCAUUAGGAAAUCAAUUUUGAAUGAUAUUUUGUGCAAGAAUAAGUCAUGCUUAGGCAUUUUGAUAAACAUCUUACAAGCCCGCUUACUUUGGGUCGCUCCUAGAAUUGUUUCAAAGUACUUAAGAAAAUAUUUGUCAAAGUAAUUUGUUUCGUUAUUUUAGAGACAAUUUACGUUAAUUUUAAUUAAUUUAGUGGAUAUUUGAGGAGCUAGUUUUGGAAUUUAAGUUAUUUACAAUGGCGACCUGCGAAAUCCACUUAAAUACGUAGAGACAGUUAAGUGUAAGAUAGGUUUGUUUCGACUCCCAUGCCCGUCGUCAAUUUUCGUUAGAUAGUGUUUGUAAAAGUUAACUGAUUGUUGAUUGUUUCCCUAUAAUUUAGAGCUCUACGUUUCCGCAAGAUUUUGAAUUUAAAGGCAUCAUCGAGACGGACGCAUAAAUUGUUUUCUACUUAUUUUUUACGUUUUCCACCUCUAGAACGGUUAUAUGAAUUAAUGGAUUGACUGUUCUUCUGAAAAUCAGACUAGGAGCAUGAAGGGUACUGAGCCGGGGGGGUCAGCAAUAGACUUCCGUUCUUUAGAUCUCUCGGGCGUUUUUUCGCCCCAGUUCUUCCUACAACCCCAGCUCACAUGCGUGGAUCAUUUUCUGAAAUAGCCAUGAGUGACUGUUUUUUCCUUUUGUUAUUUACACACAGACAAGCAGACAUUUAGUGAUUAGGACUUAUUGCCAAGUUGGGCUAUUUAAUUCUUGUAGUAGAAAGACUCAAACCCGGGACUUCAAUUAUUUGAAUAAUUAUUCACUGAUUAGUUUCUGAUUAUUGUGUAGCUACUAUACAUGGUGCGCUCAGUAAACUUCAUUAUAGAGUUCUUGAUGAAUUAAUUUUGC